GGACCGGAACCAAGCCUUGACGUUGUUUCCAAGUUAAAGUACCUACAUUGCGUCGUGUCGGAAGCGCUGCGGAUGCUCCCCGCCGUUCCAAGAACUCAGCGGAUAGCUUCCCAGGACUACGUCUUAGCAGACACAGGCAUCAGGAUUCCGAAAGGGCUCUUCUGUGGUCGUGCCAAUCUACGCCAUGCAUCACGACUCGGAAGUGUUUGCAGAACCCGAACAGUUCAAUCCAGACAGGUUUAAUGACGGCAACGUUGAAUUUAUUCGUCCAUACACAUACCUUCCUUUUGGAGCCGGGCCGAGAAACUGCAUUGGCAUGCGCUUGGCUUUGCAGUCAAUCAAACUGUGCCUUCUGCACUCUGUACACGUGGUUCAAUUUGUGCCCACCAAGAAGACAAAGGUUCCUCUGCAGAUCAAACAAAGCCUUGGCACUCUGAGGAUCGAGGGUGCUUUCGUAGGAAUACGGAAGAGGUUGGACAACUCCACCUGACGAAAGACACAUUCCACUACGGUGGAUA